GAGGAAAUAUCUCAAUCUGUGGCAGAGACUCUGAUGGUAGGUCUCACUCUAUAAAUAUAGAGUACCGGUCCCCAAGCUCGCUGCUCAUUCUGACUUUCAGUAACUCCAUCUAAAAGAGUUAGUGAGAGCUUGGAAGCCCGUGUACUCGUUCUAACUUCUGUUCAUUUUCUUUUGUAGAUCUAAAGCUAGAUCGAGGUUAUCAAUAGCAAUGGCUGGAGCUUCUUCAUCAUCCUCUAGUUUUGCUGAAAUCCUUACCGAAAUUCCUGAGCUUAGGGGUGAUAAUUUCAAAAUCUGGAAGGAACGAGUUCUUCUUCAUUUAGGCUGCGCCGACAUGGACUACGCAAUAAGGAAGGACGAACCUGCUGCAAUCACUGCGACUAGCACUGCUGCUCAGAUCGCACUAUAUGAGAAAUGGGAGCGGUCCAAUCGCCUCAGCAUCAUGUUCAUCAUGUCCAAGAUCCCUCUGGGAAUGCGUGGAUCGGUGGAGCAACCUGAGAAAGUCAAAGACUUGAUCAAACUGAUCGAUGAGCAGUUCGACACUUCGGACAAACCACUUUACAACAACCUCAUCCACCAGUUCUCAUCCACAAAACUCACCGGUGUCAAAGGAGUUAGAGAACAUAUUUCAAAGAUGAGGGACAUUUCUGCUCAACUGAAGAAACUCGAUGUAGUCAUUCCUGAAACCUUCCUGGUCCACUACAUCCUUAACCAUCUUCCACCUCAAUAUGGGCCUUUCAAAAUUUCCUACAACACACAUAAGGACAAAUGGACUAUCAAUGAACUGAUAACCAUGUGUGCUCAAGAAGAAGCAAGGCUCCUGCAGGAACAAGGUGAAAGUGCUCACAUGGCCACCCAAGGCAAGAAACGCAAACCAUCCAAGAAGGACAAGGGGAAAAAUAAAGUGCCUCCCCAAGGCGAUAUAAAGAAGGAUUCCAUCAAAUGUUUUUUCUGCAAAAAGAAGGGACAUGCGAAAAAGGAAUGCGCCAAGUUCAAGAAAUGGAUGGACGACAAAGGGUUUACAAAACCUAAGGAAGCCAGUGGGAAGUGAGCAAAGCAUCUUAUCUGGAAACAAGAUGGGCUCACAUGUGGAGGCUAUAGG